AUGUUCGCCAUAUCUAUCUAUCUAUCUAUCUAUCUAUCUAUUUUAAGACAUUUUUAUAAGGAUCCAUUUUAUCUAUCUAUCUAUCUAUCUAUCUAUCUAUCUAUCUAUCUAUCUAAAACUGACCAUUUUCUUCUACAUCGUGAGUCACAAUCGGUUUCCUCUUCCUCGAUCAUUGCAUUCUGUUUCUUUUUCCUCAUAAAUCGCCUUCUGUUUCCUCUUCUACGUUACUUGCAUUCUAUUCUUCCUCGUCAAUUGCAUUCUGUUUCCUCUUCCUCCAUCGAUUUCCUCUUCAUUUUUCUUCUUCAUAGUCCAUUGCAUUCGAUAUCUUCUUCCGCGUCAUUUACUUUCGGUUCCUCCUUCCUCGUCAAUUGCAUUGUUUCUUUUUCCUCGUCAAUCGCAUUCAGUUUUCUCUUCUUCGUCAAUUGCGUUCUGUUUCUUUUUCAUCGUCAAUCACAUUCGGUUCCCGAUUUCUCAUCAAUCUCAAAUCUGUUUCUUCUACAUCGUGAGUCACAAUCGGUUUCCUCUUCCUCGAUCAUUGCAUUCUGUUUCUUUGCCCUCAUAAAUCGCCUUCUGUUUCCUCUUCUACGUUACUUGCAUUCUAUUCUUCCUCGUCAAUUGCAUUGUUUCCUCUUCCUCUCAAAUCAUAUUUUCUUUCUUCUUCCACGUCAAUCGCAUUUGUUUCUUCUUUCUCCUCAAGCAUAUCCUGUCCCUUCUUUAUUGUCAACCGCAUUCUGUUUUCUCUUUCUCUUCAAUGGCUUUCUGUCUCUUCUUCCUCGUAAUUCACAUUAUGUUUCAUCCUCCGCAUCAAUUGCAUUCGGUCUCCUCUUCAUCCUCAAUUGCAUUCGGUCUCCUCUUCCUCGUUAUUCGCAUUCUGUUUCCUCUUUCUCGUCAAUUACAUUCUGUUUCUGCUUCAAUGUCAAUCGCAUUCGAUUUCCUCUUCCACGUCAGUUGUAUUCUGUUUCUUUUUCCUCGUCAUUCGCAUUCUUCUACGUUCGUCCUUUUCGUUUCAAUUGCAUCCUGUUUCUUUUUCCUCGUCAAUCGCUUUUCCUCGUCAAUCGCAAUCUGCUUCCUCUUCCGCGUCAAUUUUUUUUUCUUCUUCCUCGAGAUUUGCAUUCGAUAUCGUCUUUGUCGUCAACCGCAUUCUGUUUCUUCUUCACCUUCAUUCACAAUCUGUCGCCUCUCCUGCAUCAAUCGCAUUCGGUUUCCCCCUUAAACGUCAAUCACAUUUUGUUUCUUCUUCUUCUUCUUCUGCUUCUUCUUCUUCUUUGUCAAUUGCAUUGUUUCUUCUUCCUCCGCCAUUGUAUUCGGUUAUUUAUUUCUCGUCAGUUGCCUUCUUCGUCAGUUUCUCUCCAUCCCUUUCUCUCUAUCAUCCUCUCUAUAACUCCCUUCUUUUCUUGUUUAUCAAUGUCUUCUGCUAUUUCUGAUUUUCAUUCUCUUUACUUCCUCCCUCUACAACUCUUUCUUCUUCUUCUUCUUCUUCUUCUUCUUCUUCUUCUUCUUCUUCUUCUUCUUCUUCUUCUUCUUCUUUAUCUUCUUGUCUCCUAA